ACAGUUCUCAUCCUAGCAACCUGUAGCAUUUCACACUACUUUUCUCUCUCAGCCUUAUACGGAUAUAGGCUCUGCUCCAUCGCCACUCUCCUCCAUCUCUCCCUCCCCACGGCACCCUACGUCCCGAUCAGCUGAUAGAGACUUCUUGAACUCCAGAACAACUAUGAUUUACACAGCAAUCGACACUUUUUACCUAACAGAUGAACAACUUAAGAACUCCCCUUCUCGGAGAGAUGGAAUAGAUGAAGCUACUGAGACUACCCUUCAAAUCUUUGGAUGUGAUCUUAUUCAAGAAAAUGCUAUUUUCUUUAUGGAUCAACACAUGGCUUAUGUAUCUCCUUAAUGUGGUUAUCUGCAGACCUCAAGCUGUUAUGGCCACUGGUCAAGUACUAUUCCACCGCUUUUACUGCAAGAAGUCAUUUGCUCGUUUUAAGGUGAAGAUGGUUGCUGCUAGUUGUGUGUGGCUUGCCUCAAAACUUGAAGAGUGUCCUAGAAAAGCCAGGCAGGUCCUCAUUGUUUUCCACAGAAUGGAAUGUCGGCGGGAGAAUUUACCCAUAGAACAUUUGGAUACUUCUUCAAAGGAAUAUGUUGAUCUGAAGGCAGAUUUGAUCAGAACGGAAAGGCACCUCCUGAAAGAGAUGGGUUUCAUCUGCCAUGUUGAACUCCCCCACAAAUUUAUAUCAAAUUAUAUUGCAAUUCUUGGAAUGCCUGAUGAACUGAUACAGGAAGCAUGGAAUCUUGCAAAUGACAGUUUACGCACAACUCUCUGUCUUAGAUUUAAGAGUGAAGUUGUGGCUUGUGGAGUUGUGUAUGCUGCAGCCCGGAGAUUUCAUAUACCCUUGCCUGAGAAUCCUCCAUGGUGGAAAGCAUUUGAUGCAGAUAAGGCUGGGAUUGACGAGGUUUGCCGAGUUCUGGCCCAACUUUACAAUCUUCCAAAUAAAUAAUUGUAUUACACCGGAUUAUUCAUCUGUAUAUUGAGAAAAGCACUACUUUUAGCAUGUAUAUUCAUAGAGGAUCAAACUUAAUUUUGUCGAAUCUCUUUUAGAGCCUGAACCAUUUUGGUAUACUGCCCAGUUUUAGAAUUUAGACAGCAUUGUUAAUGACAUAGCUAAACAUGGUGGGUCCAGAAACAGCAAUUGUGUGAAAGCUCAAUGCAUUCUUAUCAAGGGUUUUGAUUUGCCUGUCUCCAA